UUUCUCUGAAUUCAGGUUUCCCGAUCUGUUGAAAUUGUUUCAAUCGUUGUUGGAACUGAUUCGAUUGAACCGAGCUCCAACUACAGAUAUACAUAUUUCUUGGAAAGUGAUUCUUCCUUUGGUGUAAACAUGCACAUCCUAACUUUUCUAGCUCUGGGAUUCGGUAUCCAAGUUGCAGUUGGAAUGUCGUUUGAAAACCUUAUUUUGGAAGAAUGGGAGACUUUCAAGCUUGAGCAUGACAAGAAAUAUGCGAGCGAGGAAGAGGAACAAUUCCGCAUGAAUGUCUAUUUGGAGAAUAGGCACUAUGUCGCAGAACAUAAUCAGAUGUUUGCCCGAGGAGCGACGACUUUCUCUGUAGCCCUCAACAAAUAUUCCGAUCUACUACUUCAUGAAUUUAUGGAGAAAAUGACUGGGUAUCUUGGGGAGACGGAAUCGUCGGACAGAUCUGGGUCCCUUGUUCCUUCAUCUUGGAUUGAACCACUCCAUACGAAUCCUCCGGCAGAAAUGGAUUGGCGAACGAGAGGUGCUGUCACUCCGGUCAAAGACCAAGGUCACUGCGGCUCAUGUUGGGCAUUCAGUGCUACCGGGUCAGUGGAGGGGUUGCAUUUCCGAAAGACAGGAAACCUGGUUUCCCUUAGUGAACAGAACCUCAUCGACUGCUCUAAGAAUUUUAACCAUGGCUGCAGUGGUGGAUGGAUGCAAUUGGCAUUUCAAUACAUCAGAGACAAGGAUGGGAUCGACACAGAGGAGAGUUACCCCUAUGAAGGGAAGGAUGGCAUAUGCCGCUACAAUCCCUCAACGCAAGGGGCAAAUGUCACGGGAUAUGUAGUGCUGCCGAAAGGGGACGAGGAUACACUGCAAAAAGCUGUUGCUAGCGUCGGGCCUAUUUCCAUUGCCAUCGAUGCCGGACAUCAAUCCUUCUUUAGCUAUCACGAAGGCAUUUACAUUGAGCCCAAUUGCUCUAACAAGACGAUGAACCACGGAGUGCUUGCUGUUGGUUAUGGCGUGGACGAGGAGACUGGAAUACCAUACUGGCUUGUGAAGAAUUCGUGGGGAAAAAGCUGGGGGGAAAACGGCUAUGUGAGGAUGGCUCGUAACCAAGGCAACCAAUGCGGUGUGGCGACUGAAGCCAGUUUCCCUCUCGUGUGAUUAUCAUCCUCAGCAUGAAUAUAUCUACUGACAUUUUCAUGGUUAAUUGUCUCCCUGUCCAAGUAUUUUCCCCGUCUAUGGAACUGGAACUGGAAAACCGCCAUUAUUGUUACGCACAAAUCCAAAGUUGUCAUUCUCUCGAUUAUUGCCAUCCAGAGAGUGAAGCAAUUUCAAAUUGAACUUUGAGAUAAAUGACGCUGUACAUUCCUCAAA